AUGGAGGUGACGGUUAGGCCCGAGCCACCCAAGAUGUUGGCGGUCGGCAGCCGGGUGCUGGCGCUCAUGCUCACGGGCAUCCUCGGGACCAUGUGGGCAGGCGGGCACACUGCCGAAAGCAAUAGAGAGAUGGAGAGGGUGCUUCUGAGCCGGGCGUCAUCUGCUGCUGCGGCCCUGCAUGCCCAAGAGCAGCUGCUUUCCAGCCUGCCCCUGCCACACAAGCUGAAAGGGGCCGCCAACACCACAGCAGCAGUCCACGCCGCUUACCUGGACCUGGCCGCACGCUUCCUGCCGCCGCACUUCAUUCACAGCAACAUGAACGACGCUGCCGCCACGGAACGCCUGUGCGGCCUGCUCCUGGCUAACGGCACGAGAGUGGUGCUGGUGGGCAACGGCCCGCUCAGCGACGACGACCGUGCCGCCAUCGACGCCGCCCCCACCGUCGUGCGCUUCAACGAUUUGUACCACAUGCGGCGCGGGGAGCGCAACACAUUGUGGGUGCUGACCACCAGCCAGGUCCAGGCAUCGACAUUCCGCAAAGCAAACAAGCUGGCGAAGGGCGCUCGUGCGGCACUGCUCUUCACCAACCGGGCCAUCCAGCCUGCCGACGAGGUGGCGGCAGCAUGGAAGGCGCUAGGUGUGGGUGAGCGGCGCGUGGCGGAGGUUCGCUACAGCUGGCACAACCCCUUUGCGCGGCGGGUGGGCGAGCUGCUCAACAUGAGUGGCACGCGCGUGACCACGGGCUUCAGCACGCUGAACCUCAUCCUUCACUGCCUGCCGCCCGAGGGGCGAGUGGACCUAUAUGGCUUUAGCUUCGUGCUCCGCCCCGACGCGGUCGCACGCGGCAUUCACAGCGGGGGCAUGGAGGCCGCCGUGGUGCGACUUGCGCAGCAAAUGCUGCCAGACCGGCUGCGCAUCCAUGAGACGCCGUGCACCGGCUUCCGCAGCUGCCCUUCCUGA